AUUCUCCGAGGCAGCUGUGCCUGCAAUGCCACAAGCUGGACCUCGACCGCCGCCCCAUCGCACCUCGAUUUCUGCUAUUGCUCCCAAUGCCAACGCGUCUCCGGCGCGCCUUUCGUAUCCUGGAUGGGCGUAAACCGCUCCAGCAUAGUCUGGUCCGGUAAUUUACAAACCUUCCGUCUCCAAAUCUCGAACGGCAUGAACAGCAUCGCUACACGAAGUUGCUGCUCGACAUGUGGCGGGACAAUGAGUAUGCAGUACGACUGUUAUCCCGAGAAGACUCACCUUUCGGCUGGGAGUGUCGUUGAAGAUGUGGAAGGUGUGAUGAAGAUUUUGAAAGCUGGGGAUCAUAUUUUUGUUGCUGAUAAGCCGGCGUGGUAUACGAUACCGGAAGAUGGAGUGGAGAGGUAUGAUGGCUUUGACCAGUCGUUUUCGGAUAGGCAGAGGAGAUAUGAA